GGUAUGCUCCAGGAUUUGAGCAGCUCCUUCUAGCAUCCUUCAUCCUUCAGGUAUCAGGCAUCUAGGCACUGCUUGAGCUGCAGAAAUUGAGACCACCCCUUCACGGACCUCAGGCCUGACCCUUUCCCAGUAGCCUUUUUUGUAUUAUCUGCUUCUGCAUCAGAUAUUUUCAGCUGCAACUCCCUGCAGGGUGGGGCACCCCCCCCCCAUCUGAGGCAGUUUUUGGUGCCCCCCCUCCCCCACUGACCUUACACUCCAGGGCUGAGGCUGCUGCUGCCGCCUGCCACUUCAGGAUGAAAGGGGAGACUCCUGUGAAUAGCACCAUGAGUAUUGGGCAAGCUCGCAAGAUGGUGGAACAGCUAAAGAUUGAGGCUAGCCUGUGCCGGAUAAAGGUGUCCAAGGCAGCAGCAGACCUGAUGACUUACUGUGAUGCCCACGCUUGUGAGGAUCCCCUCAUCACUCCUGUGCCCACUUCGGAGAACCCCUUCAGAGAAAAGAAGUUCUUCUGUGCCCUCCUCUGAGCUACUUAGUUCCUACUCUCCUCACCUUUCCCUCUCCGUCCUUCCUUAGGUCGGUAACUGUGGAGAGCUUCAGAGGCUCCCCGCAGCCCAUUCCUACCCUUGCCCCGCCCUGUGAGGUUAUCUGAAGCACAAGACCCUGCUCACCCACAUCGACCCCUCUCCUCACCCUCUGCGGCCAACCCCAAGCAACCCGUGACUAGGGCACUCUUAGCUCUACGAUCAGAGAGGUUUCUGCCAAACUGCCAGCGUCCUGUCCACGUCCCUCUGUGACCCGUUCAGACAAUGGAGAGAGGGACGCGCCAGGUGCCUGCUCUCAGUCACACCGGGAGCUACUGGAAGGUUAAAGCCAUUUAAAGAAUAAAUUCAUCCAGAACCUCAGAGGGCAGCUCCUGUGUUAGCAUUCUUGGGGUAGAGGAUCCUAGACAACAGAUUUGCCAUACCCCGGAAACAGGGCCAAAGAAGGUUAGACGUUGUCAAGGAUGGGAGCUCAGCGGGGCCGGGGUGGCGGCGCAUCGCCACUGGGAGAGGUGUUACAGCGGACACUCAGAAGCUGCGGGGAUCGUACACACACCCACACGCGCGCGCACACAGAAGGCAAGUAAGCAUGAAACAGAC